GAUGGAGAGCUGUAAUGAAAUCGAGAACCAAUGCGUCAGGUAUACGAAAGCAUUAGGCGGCAACAUCAAGGCGACCGGGAGCAGCAUCGGCGAGCUGCGGAAGGAGCAGGCUCUGCCAAAGAGAUAUGAGAUGAUUUCAGAGUAUCAGGAGAAACUGCGACAGCUGUAUCACACCAAACUCGAGCAACUCAACACACUCACCAACCGUCUAAAUGCUCUCGCACGGACGCUUGGACCAGACUAUUUUGCCCAAGAUAUCCUGGAACCCGCCCUGUGCCCCGGCGAAAGCGUCGUAGAUGCUGGUGCAAACCGUGAUGUCACCCCAGAACGGUUCAUGAAGCUCGAGAAGGAGCUCGUGCGUGGCAAGGCCGAAGUGAACAAACGAUUACAUCAACUCUCAGCAACAUUUAUUCAAAUUGACUGGCUCUACACUGAGCUCGGCAUCGUACCUCCAGCUCUCGAUGACCUUCCAUCUUCUCCUAUUUUAGGAGCCAGGAGCUCCGUCAUUCAAUCCGUUGGCUCUUCCUCCACGGCAUCUUCCUCCAACGACCCCUUCCUCUCCUCAACACCGACACCCGCAUCCCGAACUUCCAGCAGCACGUUUCUGUUCAAAGAUGACAUUGCCGCAGUCCCGGAAUACGAGUACCAGCAAACUUUCGCUCGGUUUGUCGCCAAGGUGGAAGAAGUCGAUUCAGAGAACCUCCCAGAAAACCCAACGGUUCCGAUUGGUUUGGAGAACGUUGACCCGACUCUUGGUCUCCUCUCAUGGGCGGCUAGCUUGAGCGCGUCGCUCGAGGAUACUAAACGCCAACGCGAAGCUCACAUUCAGGCCAUGUAUGACCAGCUAGAAGGCCUUUGGAGGCGGCUAGGCGUGCCUGACGCAGAUAUGGAUCUGUUCGUGGAUAACCACAGAGGAAGUACGGAGGAGACGGUGCGUGAGUACGAGGAUGAGCUGGAGAGGAUGCUUGAACUCAAGAGAGAGAGGAUGGGCACAUUUGUGGAGAGUGCCAGAAAGGAGAUCAUCAAGCUGUGGGACGACCUUAUGGUUGGAGAGGAGGAACGAGCAGAUUUCGCCCCAUUCGCGGAUGAUGAGUUCACGGAAGAGUUAUUAACAAUCCACGAAGACGAGAUUAGACGGUUGAAGGAAGAGCGCAGGGCAAAGGCUCCUCUUCUAUCAAGCGUCAAGAAGUAUUUCGAAAUCUGCAACGAGGAGAAAGAACUUGCCGCUGCCGCUUCUGACCAAUCUCGACUGACUGGUCGUGGCCCACGAGACCCCGGCCGGUUGCUCCGCGAAGAGAAGAUGCGGAAGAGGGUAUCGAAGGAGAAACCUAGGCUGGAACAAGAGCUCCUUGUGUCGAUACCUGCUUGGGAAGACCAGGCAGGCAGGCCCUUCCUCGUGCAUGGCGAGAGCUUCCUACAAAUACUGCUCGAAGCCGUUAGCGCGAAUGAUCAGGAGAACAGACGCAAACCACCGCGAGCAGGCUCUGUGCCUGCACGCGCAACGACGCCUGUCGGGUCCUCAGGUUACGCUCCAGCCAAGUCUGGCGCGGUGACACCCGCUGUGAGGACCAGCGGGCACCUGGCCUCGACCCAUUCCGUGCCGAACAAACGACAACGACUCGGCGACUCCCAGUCCUCCGCGGGCACGACGCCGUCAUACCUGCCUUCCAGUGGCGGCGCGAGGGCCCCGCUCGGCUCGUAUAGAGGUGGGAACGUCGCCCCAGGGCACCUUCGCUCGUCGUCGCCGACCAAGAUCCCUAGCAAGACACCUGGCUCAGCUUCAUCACUGCCCCGGCCUACAUAUGGCGCAACGCUCACUAUGGUCGUGCCGAAGCCUGGUACAGCGCAUCACGCUCUCGGGCACGGGAAGGUGCCGAGCAGCGUUAUCUAUGGGGCGGGCGUGGCGGGCGUUAGCACUAGCGGUGGUGGGUAUGCGCUGGGGCGCAGCACCUCGGGCUCGGUGGCGGGGUACGGAGCACGGGUGCCCAGCGCCGGCCAUGCGGCGAAGGCGAAUAGGGCGAGGAGAGAGAGCUUCAGGCCUCGCCCGAGUGUGGAUGCGAUGGAUCUACCCGCCAUUGGCCAUCAUGGUGGGAGGAGAUGGGGCGGUGGGCUCACGGUCAAGGAAGAGGAUGAGUAUUG